AGUGUCAGAACCCUGCUACUAGAGCCUGGAUGUGGCUCUGAGUUUCAGGGUCACUGACAUUGAUAAGACACCUGCGUCCCAGGACUCGGAGGAGAAACGGCUGAUGGACUUGGCGGGGAAUUUGCGCGGGGUUUUACUGAGCGGGAAGAGACUGUUCAAAUGAGGGGGAGGGUAUAUAAAGGAGGGUUGGCCGGAGCCUCCCAUUCUUGGCUUUUCUGAUGUUCAUGUUUCCUACAGUAAAAGUUCCUGGUGAUACCACAGAGAGUCUCGUGUGUUCAUUCAGGAGCGGCUGUGGUGAGCUGACACUAAGCCAAGAAUACGGACACCAUCCCGCUGUAGCGGUGAGGUGUAACAUGCAAGUGGAGGAUGAAGAGCUCUUGGGCGCCGGAGGAGGAAGGUCGGAAAGGGCCACUCCCGAGACGGACGCUGAGUUCCACCAGCUGGCGGCCCUGGCGUCAUCCACCGCUUAUGCCCAGCCAAAUGGGGUAACCCAGAGGCGCGGAGUGGUGCGGGGAGAUAGCACCGGAGGAGAGGAAGGUUCACCUUCCCCAGGCCCGCAAAAGAUGGUGUUUCUGGAGGAGAGGAUGUCGGCGAUGGAGACCACCCUGGCAGUGAUGUCGAGGGCGAUGGAGCGCCUGGCGGUUUUGGCGGAGCCGGAGCGAGGAAGGGAACUCCGGGCUAGCUCAAUGUGGGACGUGAGCAUGGGAAGCAGCCAGGGCUUUGCAGACCUCCCAGCACCGAAGGGAAGGGAAAUGCGAAAGGAGCCCGGUGCCCGGCCCAAGAUCCAAACGAGCCUGACGCGGGUGGAGGAGAGUGACGACGAAGGGGAAAAGCCUCCGAGAAUCCCGGCUACGCUCCCAACUGAGACCCUGGUGCCCCUGGCGAAUGCCGGGCGUGGCACAGGACAAAGGGAAGCAGCAGCGGGGCCCACUGGCCCGCAAGGGGGCUUGCGACGGGCGGAGAAUUGGGGAUUGCCACCACAGGGACCCCUACCGAGACGAGAGGAACUAAGGAUCGAGUUUGGGGGAGAGUCCUCUGAACUGGAUUUUUUCCUGACCACGGUGAGGGGCUAUAUGGAGGACAAUGCCCACACUUUUAGAACGGAAUCCAGCCGGGUACGGGCCAUUGGUGCAGUGUUGAAGAGGGGAGCGGCCAGCUGGUACGUUCAACUACACGCGCGGCGCGACCCAUGUCUGGGGUCACUCCGACGCUUUAUGGGGGCCCUGGAGACCCGUUUCCGAGAUCCACUGGAGCAGAUCCGGGCGAGGGAGGAGUUGAAGACCGUCUCCCAGGGGCAGAGGUCGGUAUCUGAGUAUGCGGAGGAGUUCCAAUGCCUCGCUGAAAAGGUGCCGGAAUGGUCUGCAGUGACAAAGAUAGAACUCUUCAAAGAGGGGCUCAGGCGGGAGAUCCUCUCCUGGGCGGUGCAUCGUGAUGAGCCUGACACACUGCGCGGAUGGAUUCAGCUGGCGGGGCGCAUCGAGACAUCGCUGGCCCAGGCGAGGAGGCACCGAGGAGGGCUACAGCAGCGGCCGCAGAUGAAAGAGGGGAGCCGGAAGGAGGGAUCAACCCCAGCCGGGAGGAGAACGGAGCCGACAGGGAACGUGAGCACCAGCAGGAGGGGCUGCUUCGUGUGCGGCCGUUUGGGCCACAGGGCUGCCGAGUGCUGGCAGAGAAAAGGGGAAGGCGGAGGCCCGCCCAAACCAAGAGCCGUGGCAGGGAAACGCGCCGAGGAAGAACCACCGAUGAGGCACCACUCGGGGGGGUUGGACGAAGGGGAGGAGGACGCCAUGUCAGAACCCUGCUACUAGAGCCUGGAUGUGGCUCUGAGUUUCAGGGUCACUGACAUUGAUAAGACACCUGCGUCCCAGGACUCGGAGGAGAAACGGCUGAUGGACUUGGCGGGGAAUUUGCGCGGGGUUUUACUGAGCGGGAAGAGACUGUUCAAAUGAGGGGGAGGGUAUAUAAAGGAGGGUUGGCCGGAGCCUCCCAUUCUUGGCUUUUCUGAUGUUCAUGUUUCCUACAGUAAAAGUUCCUGGUGAU